UCCACGUUUCCUCGCCGCGCCGCGCCACGCCACGCCACGCCGCGCGCUCUCCUCGCCUCGCCCUCGCGUGUCGCGCGCUCUCCUCGCCUCGCCCUCGCGUGUCGCGCGCUCGCUUCAUAAGCACCACCACCCCCCAGCCGCGCUCGCCGGCGCGCGCCCACCUAGCUUCACCAACCCACCCAGCCAUGAAGAAUGACGACGACGUCGAGUCGCCGCUCCUCGCCGCCGCCGCCGACGCCGACCACCACGACGUCGACAACAGCCACCCCGCCGCCGGCUCCUCCUUCGCCCUCGCCUGCGCCGUCGCCGCCUCCCUCACCUCCAUCAUCUACGGCUACAAUCGGGGCGUGAUGAGCGGGGCGCAGAAGUUCGUGCAGCUGGACCUGGGCGUGAGCGACGCGGAGAUCGAGGUGCUCAUCGGGGCGACGAGCAUCUACUCCCUCGUCGGCUCGCUGGCGGCGGGGUGGGCGUGCGACCGCGCGGGGCGCCGCCGCACCAUCGCGCUGUCGGCGGCCAUGUUCCUCGCCGGCUCCGCCGCCACCGCCGCGGCGAGCGGCUACGCCGCGCUCAUGGCCGGCCAGCUCGUCGCCGGCGUCGCCUGCGGGUUCGGCCUCGUCGUGGCGCCCGUCUACAUCGCCGAGAUCGCGCCGCCGUCGUCGCGCGGCUUCCUCGCCUCCAUCCCCGAGAUCGCCGGCAACUCCGGCAUCCUGCUGAGCUACAUCGCCGACUUCGCGCUCGCCGGCCUCCCCAUGUCGCUCAACUGGCGCCUCAUGAUCGGCAUCGGCGCCGUCCCGCCGCUCUUCCUCGCCGCCGCCGCGCUGCUCGCCAUGCCGGAGACGCCGCGCUGGCUCGUCCUGCACGGCCACCACGACGACGCGCGCCAGGUGCUCGUCCGCACCACCGGCGGCGACGCCGCCCUCGCCGAGCGCCGCCUCCAGGAGAUCGUGUCGUCCGUCAAGGAGAGCGCGACGAAGCAGCAGCUGUCCUCCGCCGCCGCCGCCGGCGGCGGCGGUGCGUCAACGGGCGUGUGGCGCGACAUCCUGGUCCGGCCGACGCCGGCGGUGCGGCGCGUGCUGUUCGCCAUCCUCGGCCUGCAGUUCUUCCAGCAGGCGUCGGGCGUGGCGGCGAUGGUGCUGUACGCGCCGCGGGUGUUCAACCACGUCGGCGUGACGUCGGAGCGCGCGGUGCUCGGCGCCACCGUCCUCCUCGGCGCCACCAAGACCGCCUCCAUCGUCGUGCCGCUCUUCCUCGCCGACCGCCUCGGCCGCCGCCCGAUGCUGCUCUCCAGCGCGGGCGGCAUGGCCGUGUCGCUCCUCGUCCUCGGCUUCUCCCUGCGCGUGUCGUCGUCUUCCGGCUCCGGCUCCGAGUGGUGGGCGGCGGCGACGAGCGUGGCGGCGGCGGCGGCGUUCAUGGCGACGUUCUCGCUGGGGUUCGGGCCGGUGAUAUGGAUGUACGGGUCGGAGAUCCUGCCGCUGCGGCUGCGGGCGCAGGGCACGGGAAUCGGGACGGCGGCGAACCGGGUGAUGAGCGCGGCGGUGGGGAUGAGCUUCAUCUCGCUGUACGAGGCGGCGGGCAUGGCCGGCACGUUCUACCUCUUCGCGGCGUGCUCCGCGGCGGCGUGGGUGUUCGUCUACGCCUGCCUCCCGGAGACCAAGGGGAGGAGCCUCGAGGAGAUGGAGGCGCUCUUCGACGCCGCCCACCCAUCCUCGCCGCCGCCGGCGUCGUGAUCGAUCACGCGCGCGCGGGAAGACGAGGUUUUGUGUGGUCGUCGCCCUCCUCGCCGGCGACGGCGCCGCCGGCGUCGUCGUGAUCGGGAAAAAGGUUGUAAAAUGUGGGAUAGGGUGUGGUAAAUUGGUAAUUAAUUAAGGAAUGCAGUAAGCAGGAUGGGUAAAUGUUAAUUUGUUGGUGUGUAAUAUAAUUUUUAUGGCAAGGUCACCACCAAGAUCAUCAGCCAAUGUUUGUAAUGCUCUCCAUGAAACGAUAGGGAUUACAGUCCAAUUUUGUCUCUUCAAGCAUACUAUACAAUAUUUCCAUCUUUUAGGUCGGUCAA